GGGGUGGGGGGGGACCACGCUGCCAAGGAUCUCCACUUUGGAGUAGUCUAACAUCUGAGCUCCUAUUAUCAUUGUCAUCAUGAGCUUCCACCUGGCUCUGGCAUGGGCGUUACUGGUUGGACCAUGGACCCCCCUGGGAGCUCAGAACCCCAUUUCAUGGGAGGUGCAGAGAUUUGACGGGUGGUACAACAACCUCAUGGAACACAGAUGGGGCAGCAAAGGCUCUCGACUUCAGCGCCUGGUCCCAGCCAACUAUGCAGAUGGUGUGUACCAGCCUUUGGGAGAACCCUACCUGCCUAAUCCCCGGGACCUUAGCAACACUGCCACGAAGGGCCCUGCAGGGCAGGCUUCUCUGCGGAACCGUACAGUGCUGGGAGUCUUCUUCGGCUACCACGUGCUGUCCGACCUGGUGAGCGUGGAGACCCCCGGCUGCCCCGCCGAGUUCCUCAACAUCCGCAUCCCGCCCGGAGACCCCGUGUUUGACCCCCAGCGGCGCGGGGACGUGGUGCUGCCCUUCCAGAGGAGCCGCUGGGACCCCGAGACCGGACAGAGCCCCAGUAACCCCCGGGACCUGACCAACCAGGUGAGCGGCUGGCUGGACGGCAGCGCCAUCUACGGCUCCUCGCACUCGUGGAGCGACGCCCUGAGGAGCUUCUCCGGGGGACAGCUGGCGUCGGGGCCCGACCCCAACUUCCCGCGGGACCCGCAGGCCGCGCUGCUCAUGUGGUCGGCGCCCGACCCCGCCACGGGCCAGGGCGGGCCCCGCGGGCUGUACGCCUUCGGGGCCCCGCGGGGCAACAGGGAGCCCUUCCUGCAGGCGCUGGGCCUGCUGUGGUUCCGCUACCACAACGCGUGCGCGCGCAGGCUGGCGCGGGAGCGGCCGCGCUGGGGCGACGAGGAGCUGUUCCAGCACGCGCGCAAGAGGGUCAUCGCCACCUUCCAGAACAUUGCUCUGUAUGAGUGGCUGCCCAGCUUCCUGCAGAAAACGCCCCCGCCGUAUACAGGAUACCGUCCAUUUGUGGACCCCAGCAUCUCCCCCGAGUUCGUGGCUGCGUCAGAGCAGUUCCUCUCCACCAUGGUGCCCCCUGCUGUGUACAUGAGGAAUGCCAGCUGUCACUUCCAGAGGAUUGUCAAUCGGAACUCGAGUUUCUCCAGAGCUCUCCGGGUCUGCAACAGCUACUGGAGUCGAGAGCACCCAAGCCUACAAAGGGCUGAGGAUGUGGAUUCCCUGCUGCUGGGCAUGGCUUCCCAGAUCGCAGAGAGAGAGGACCAUGUGAUGGUAGAAGAUGUGCGAGAUUUCUGGCCUGGCCCACUGAAGUUUUCCAGGACAGAUCACUUUGCCAGCUGUCUGCAGCGAGGCCGGGAUCUGGGCCUACCCUCUUACAUGAAGGCCAGGGAAGCCAUGGGCCUGCCUCCCAUUACUCAAUGGCAGGACAUCAACUCUGCACUUGCAAAGAGCCAUGGCAAUGUGCUGCAGGCCACGGCUGCUCUGUAUAACCAGGACCUGUCUCGGCUGGAGCUGCUCCCAGGUGGGUUUCUGGAGAGCCAUGGAGACCCUGGACCCCUGUUCAGCGCCAUUGUCCUUGACCAGUUUGUGCGGCUGCGGGAUGGUGACCGCUAUUGGUUUGAGAACACCAGGAAUGGGCUGUUUUCUGAGGAUGAGAUUGCAGAGAUCAGAAACACUUCCCUGAGGGAUGUUCUGGUGGCUGUCACCAAUGUGGAACCCGCUGCUCUGCAGCCCAAUGUCUUUUUUUGGCUGGCAGGAGACCCCUGUCCACAGCCAAAACAGCUCAGCACUGAGGGCCUGCCAACCUGUGUCCCCCUCAUCAUUCGUGACUAUUUCGAGGGCAGUGGAUUUGGCUUUGGGCUCACUAUUGGGACCUUAUGCUGCUUCCCGCUAGUGAGCCUGCUCAGUGCCUGGAUUGUUGCCCGGCUCCGGAUGAGGAAUUUCAAGAAGCUCCAGGGCCAGGGCCGUCAGAGCGUCAUGUCUGAGAAGCUCGUGGGGGGAGUAGAAGCUUUGGAAUGGCAAGGCCGCAAGGAGCCCUGCCGGCCUGUGCUUGUACACCUACAGCCUGGGCAGAUCCGGGUGGUAGACGGCAGGCUCACGGUACUCCGCACUGUCCAGCUGCGGCUCCCUCAACAAGUCAACCUCAUCCUGUCCAGCAAUCGAGGACGCCGCACCCUGCUGCUCAAGAUCCCAAAGGAGUAUGACCUGGUGCUGCUGUUUAACCUGGAGGAAGAGCGUCAGGCCCUGGUGGAAAACCUUCGGGGGACUCUGAAGGAGAGUGGGCUGAGCUUCCAGGAGUGGGAGCUGCGGGAGCAAGAGCUGAUGCGGGUGGCGGUGACUCGGGAGCAGCGGAGCCACCUCCUGGAGACCUUUUUCAGGCACCUUUUCUCCCAGGUGUUGGACAUCAACCAGGCAGAUGCAGGGACCCUGCCACUGGACUCAUCCCAGAAGGUUCGAGAAGCCCUGACCUGUGAGCUGAGCAGGGCUGAGUUUGCUGAGUCCCUGGGUCUCAAGCCUCAGGACAUGUUUGUGGAGUCCAUGUUCUCUUUGGCUGACAGAGAUGGCAAUGGCUACCUGUCCUUCCGGGAGUUCCUGGACAUCCUGGUGGUCUUCAUGAAAGGCUCCCCUGAGGAGAAGUCUCGCCUGAUGUUCCGCAUGUAUGACUUCGAUGGGAAUGGCCUCAUUUCCAAGGAAGAGUUCAUCAGAAUGUUGAGAUCCUUCAUCGAGAUCUCCAACAACUGCUUGCCCAAGGCCCAGCUGGCCGAGGUGGUGGAGUCCAUGUUCCGAGAGUCAGGUUUCCAGGACAAGGAGGAGCUGACCUGGGAGGACUUCCACUUUAUGCUUCGGGAUCACGACAGCGAGCUCCGCUUCACACAGCUCUGUGUCAAAGGAGUGGAGGUACCAGAAGUUAUCAAGAACCUCUGCCGGCGGGCUUCCUACAUGAGCCAGGAGAUGAUCUGUCCCUCUCCCAGAGUAAGUGCCCGCAACAACGUCAGGACUGAGAUGACACCACCGCAGAGGCUGCAGUGCCCCCGGGACACAGACCCACCCCAGGAGAUCCGGCGGAGGUUUGGCAAGAAGGUAACUUCUUUCCAGCCCUUGCUGUUCACCGAGGCGCACCGAGAGAAGUUUCAACGCAGCUGGCGCCACCAGACCGUCCAGCAGUUCAAGCGGUUCAUUGAGAACUACCGGCGCCACAUCGGCUGCGUGGCCGUGUUCUACGCCAUCUCCGGGGGGCUCUUCCUGGAGAGGGCCUACUACUACGCCUUUGCAGCACACCACAAGGGCAUCACCGACACCACCCGCGUGGGCAUCAUCGUGUCCCGGGGCACGGCAGCCAGCAUCUCCUUCAUGUUCUCCUACAUCCUGCUCACCAUGUGCCGCAACCUCCUCACCUUCCUGCGGGAGACCUUCCUCAACCGCUACAUCCCCUUCGAUGCCGCCGUGGACUUCCACCGCCUCAUCGCCUCCACUGCCAUCGUCCUCACAGUCUUACACAGCGUGGGCCAUGUGGUCAAUGUAUACCUGUUCUCCAUCAGUCCACUCAGCAUCCUCUCCUGCCUCUUCCCUGGCCUCUUCCAUGAUGAUGGGUCUGAGUUCCCCCAGAAGUAUUACUGGUGGUUCUUCCAGACCGUACCAGGACUCACAGGCGUCGUGCUGCUGCUGGUCCUGGCAGUCAUGUAUGUCUUCGCCUCCCACCACUUCCGCCGACGCAGCUUCCGAGGCUUCUGGCUGACCCACCACCUCUACAUCCUGCUCUAUGUCCUGCUCAUCAUCCACGGCAGCUUUGCUCUGAUCCAGCUGCCCCGGUUCCACAUCUUCUUCCUGGUCCCAGCACUUAUCUAUGUGGGGGACAAGCUGGUGAGCCUGAGCCGGAAGAAAGUGGAGAUCAGCGUUGUGAAGGCAGAGCUACUGCCUUCAGGAGUGACUCACCUGCGUUUCCAGAGGCCCCAGGGCUUUGAGUACAAGUCAGGGCAGUGGGUGCAGAUCGCUUGCCUGGCCCUGGGGACCACUGAGUACCACCCCUUCACGCUGACCUCGGCGCCCCACGAGGACACCCUCAGCCUGCACAUCCGGGCAGCAGGGCCCUGGACCACUCGGCUCCGGGAGAUCUACUCCCCACCAACGGGGGACAGCUGUGCCAGAUACCCAAAGCUUUAUCUUGAUGGACCAUUUGGGGAAGGCCACCAGGAAUGGCAUAAGUUUGAGGUGUCCGUGCUGGUGGGAGGGGGCAUUGGGGUCACCCCCUUUGCCUCCAUCCUCAAAGACCUGGUUUUCAAGUCAUCAGUCAGCUGCCAAUUGCUCUGUAAGAAGAUCUACUUCAUCUGGGUGACCAGGACCCAGAGGCAGUUCGAGUGGCUGGCUGACAUCAUCCGGGAGGUGGAGGAGAAUGACUGCCAGGACCUGGUGUCUGUGCACAUCUACAUCACCCAGCUGGCUGAGAAAUUCGACCUCAGGACCACCAUGCUGUACAUCUGUGAGCGACACUUCCAGAAGGUGCUGAACCGGAGUCUGUUCACGGGGCUGCGUUCCAUCACCCACUUUGGCCGCCCGCCCUUUGAGCCCUUCUUCAACUCCCUGCAGGAGGUCCACCCACAGGUCCGGAAGAUUGGGGUCUUUAGCUGUGGUCCUCCUGGGAUGACCAAGGAUGUGGAGAAGGCCUGUCAGCUCAUCAACAGACAGGACCGGACUCAUUUCUCCCACCAUUAUGAAAACUUCUAGGCCCAAUGCCCAGUUGACUCCACUCACUACCCAGCAGAGCAGAGGUUUUGGCUGCCAGCUGACUUCUACUUCCUGUUUCUGGCUGCCUCAGUCCUUUCUCCAGCUUAGUCUGGGCAGCCAUGUGCAGAUGUGAUGUGUGGGCUCAGGUGUCUUAGGCCCAGGAUAUAUCUCAGCCUAGCAAAGUGGGGGAGGAAAUGUUUGAGAGCUACAGGUUGGGAAGUAGGAGAACUACUGAUUUGGGAUAAAGUGAGACCUCUUCCCCAGGUUAAGUGGAAAAAGACACCCCCACAACAAAAGUCAGUAGACAAGCUGACAUUUGAGUGUGUGUGCGUGUGUUGGGGACCACAGGCCUAAGAUGAAGUGGAGGCACAGAUGCUGGCAUCUUAGAACCCUCCCCACCCCAAGCUCCUCCUCUCUUCUGGGUUCCUCACUUUCAAAUGGGCAGGCAAAGGCUUUGCCGAAUGGGUAGUCUGGACUGAUAGAAAGCAGCUUACAGAAAUGUCCUCGGCGCUCAUCUAAACUAACCCACCUGAUAUUCUCUCCCAAGUUUUUAAGCAGACAUAGCUGGCCCAACAGCUACCCCGGUGUCCCUCAGCCCUUUUCUCCUUGC